AUGAUUUCCUCACUUAUCCCGAGGACCAACAAGCGAUAUCCAACCGUGAUACCGAGCUUGAUUACCGGUGUGCUACCCAGGAAAUCGAGCAGACUCUUUGUGCGAUUUUUAGCAACAAGAUCAACCUCCAGUCCUGAUAAACUUAGGAGUCUAUUUGAUGACCCGAACUUCUUCAAAGACUUCAAUAAUUCUUUGAACACCUACAAAUUCGACAGAAAAGAUGACAAGUUCAGCUCUUUUUUUCAAGAACCAAAAUGUGGACUAUUCAAGAAUCGAUAUUUAACUUCACCUGAAGGUCUCACACAAUUUGCGCUGGAGUCCUUGGAGAAAGCAAAUAAAAUUGUAGACCUUCUUGUGGAACCGAACCAGUCAGCAGAAUCUAAGCUAUUAUUUAUUAGGAGAAUAGAUCAACUAAGUGACACCUUAUGUAGAGUAAUAGACGUGGCCGAGUUUAUCAGAGUGGUCCACACAGGGGGGAAGUGGAUCCUGUCUGCCCAACAAACGCAUGAGUCUAUGUUUGAAUUCAUGAACAAAUUGAACACAAAUGUGGAGUUGUAUAGAAACUUGGUUAAUAUCUUGCAAGACCCAGAAAUUUCUGCCCAGUUGACUGAUGAGGAGUUGAAAGUGGGAGACUACCUAGCCAAGGAUUUUGAAAGAUCUGGAAUCGAUUUGGAUUCCCAGACGAGAGACAAUUUUGUAAACGUCACUCAAGAGAUUUCGCUCAUAGGUUCUAAUUUUAAUAACGGUACUCAGUUAUUGGAGAACUACUGGUGCGCUGUUACUUCAGAAGAGUAUGCCUCCAUCCCACAGCAUAUUAAGAAUCAAAUUACAAGGCAUUUAUUUAAGUCAGGCAGAAUAGAUUCAAAUCAUAUUCCAUUAACAGGAGAAAUACCGUACUCCAUCUUAACAACAUGCAGCAAUGAAUCUUUGAGAAAGAAAAUAUGGAUCCUGUUGCACUCUUCUUCAGAAGACCAACUCCAUUUGUUAAAUGGGUUUUUAAAAUAUAGAUCAUAUCUAGCAGCAAUGCUUGGAUACAAAUCAUUCAGCUCAUACCAAUUGGAACAUAAGAUGGCAAAAACCCCUGAAAAUGUAAUGAGUUUCUUGGGUAACUUACAGAUUAGUUUGCUCAAAGGAGGGGUUAUGAAUGAACUUGAAGAAUUGUAUAAAGCAAAAGACAUCCAACACGGUAGCUCAUACCCUUCUCCUUCUGAUUUAAUAUCCUCUCUCAAACCCUGGGACAGAGAUUACUUGUUGAAUAUAUUGCAAACAAAACACAAGCAAGUCAUUUCUUUUUCCGAAAUUUCGGAAUAUUUAUCUAUUGGAACGGUAAUCUCUGGUUUGAAUCAAUUGUUCACCCUGAUUUACAAUAUAUCGCUCAUACCUGAACCCACUCAAAGAGGCGAAACUUGGGAUUAUAAUCAAGUCAGAAAAUUGAAGGUGUUUGACAAUACCUGUGAGAAUACCUUAGGAUACUUGUAUUUGGACUUCUGGUCUCCCAAGGUAUUACCAUCACACUUUACAAUUGUUUGUCUGAGACAACUCAAUAGUGGUGAACAAAUUGAAAAUGAAGUACACUUGGAAGAUGGAUAUCAAUUACCAGUGAUUUCAUUGGUUUGUAAUUUCAGUAACAGUAAUAACACUGUAUUCAACAGAGCUAGACCUACAUUAUUAUCUCUUGAUCAAGUGGAUACGAUUUUUCACGAAAUGGGACACGCAAUGCACUCGAUGAUCGGAAGGACAAAACUUCAUAAUUUGGCAGGAACAAGAUGUCUGACAGACUUUGUAGAGCUACCAUCUGUGCUUAUGGAAUUUUUCAGCAAAGAUGUAAGGGUGUUGAGCCGUAUUGCCAGACAUUAUGAAACCAAUGAGACGAUGCCAGUGGAAAAGUUCGAAAAGUACCAUAGUCAAAGAGUUUCAUUGGAUGACUGCGAAACGUAUAUUCAAUCCAAGAUGGCAAUGUUGGAUCAGGUUUUACAUUCAGAGGCAAUGAUCCAGUACAUCGCCAACGGUGAAGAGAUUAAUUCCACAAAAAUCUAUCAUGAGUUAGAAGGUCAGUUGAAGGUGUUUGCAGAUAAAUGGUCGACAUGGCAUGGGAAAUUCCCUCACUUGUUUCUGUAUGGAGCAGUGUAUUAUUCAUAUUUAUUAGACAGGGCAAUAGCGGAAAAAGUUUGGAUAGGAUUAUUCAAAGAUGACCCAUGGAGUAGACAAGCCGGGGAACAGUAUAAGGAGAGUAUAUUGAAAUGGGGUGGUACAAAGGACCCAUGGGAGUGUUUAGCCGAUGCGUUGGGCGACGAGGAGUUGAGGAAAGGGGAUGAAAGGGCUAUGGAGAUCAUUGGAAAGAAAGCUGAGAAGGUGUGA